GUUGCCACAGCUGAGUGCUGGUGACACCACAGCUGGUGAAAGGGUGACAGCCCCGUGUCACGCCUGCAUCACAAACGCCAGCCCCAUACAUAGGUGGGGCUGAGUGAGGCUGGGCGGCACUUUGCCUGCGACCUGCCAGGUGAAGAGAGAGGCUCUUGAGCUGGGAAGGAAGAGCAAGUGGACUGCGAGUUGGGUCCGGCUGCUCCUCCUCAAGCUCUCCUUGGUUCUCUCUGGCACUCUACUGGCAUGUCUGUCCAGCUCUGGGAAAUGAGCUGGUUCCUCAGCCAAGAGGCCUUUGUCAUCUUCUUGGCUUUGCUGUGGUUGCUGCUGGUGCUGCUUCUCUUUCGCCUCCUGCUGAUCCUGGCCAAUCCCCAGGAAGGGAGACCAAAGCAGCACCAGCACAGAGACAACAGGGGGGAUGUCAGAGGUGAGCAGACCCUGGGCAAGGGCAGGUGCCCUGCAAAGACACCCCCUGGCCCCAAGAGCCCACCGCCCCAUCAGGGAAUGCACCAUCUGCUCACUGUGUCUCCUCUGCCUGCAGCAUUUAUCCUCCCGGAGACUUCACGGCCCUCGAGAACACUCUGCCGUGUACAUCCAGACAUGGAUCCCAUCUAUGAAAUAGCCAAUCAGUUCAACAGGACAGUCGAGAACCUAACAAGAUACCUGGACAAGCUCAGCUGUGAGACAUCUGAUGGCAGCGAGAGCUCCACUAAUUCCAUCAGAGACAGUGAAGUUGAAUCCUCUUCAAGUGUCUUGCUGCCCGCUUUGAAAGAUGACUCUCACUCUUCCAUCAUGGGAAAUGAAACUAUCUCUUCUACAGAGCUCUGUCUCUCCUUUUUGAGUGACAACUCCUGGACUUCCCUCAUGAAAAGCAAUGUUGGCUCCUCUUCACAGGAGUCUCUCUCCACUCUUGUGGAUAAAGCUCCUGCCUCCAGCGUCCAGCCUGGUCUGGAGUGGGAACUGUGCCUGCCAGCUGAUGUGGAUGAGACUCUGCAGGAUGACCCAGCCUCGGCUCUUCCAUCACCUCAGCAACCAGAACAGCAUGAUGUGAUGGUGGAUAUUAUUGUGCAACACAUGCCCUUCCUGGAUGAGACUGUGGAAAGGGAACUAGAGAAUGACUUUACAAAUACGCAGGUACAGCCGCUCUGUGGGCUGCCAACCAAGGUCCUGGAAAAUGACAAGAGCCCAGAAGACACGGACUUACAGCAAAAAGCCGCUCAGGCUCCCAUUCCCCGUAAGCGCACUCUGCUGCCCUACUGCUCUCCUUUACAGCAGUGGGAUGUGGCUCAUGCCUCCAGUGUCCAGCCUGCUCUGGAGCAUCCCAGGACUGACCCGGAGGAACAGCCUGGCCCAGAACCUUCUCCAGUUUGCGAGGAAGACCUGGCCAGCUGCCUUGAGGCCAGUGGUGUGCAGCAGCACCAACAGGAACUGGAGAUCCAGUCGGCUACUCCCAGUCCAUCGCCAGAGGUGCUCGACUUCCAGUCCAGUGAAACAGAGUCACCCAUCACACAUCACAACGGCCAGGAUCCAUUGGAGGACCUCAUUACAGCCACAGAACUGGAGUGGGAACUGGGCCUGCCAGCCAAUGUGGACGAGUCUGUGCAGGAUGUCCCAACCUUGGCUGUUCCAUCACCUCGGCAACCAGAACAACAUGAUGUGAUGGUGGAUAUUACUGUGCACCUUGUGCCAUUUCUGGAAGAAACUGUGAAAAGGGAACUAGAGAAUGACUUUACAAAUACACAGGUACAGCCGCUCUGUGGGCUGCCAACCAAGCUCCUUGAAAAUGACAAGAGCCCAGAAGACACGGACUUACAGCAAAAAGCCGCUCAGUCUCCCAUUCCCCGUAAGCGCACUCUGCUGCCCUACUGCUCUCCUUUACAGCAGCAGGAUGUGGCUCAUGCCUCCAGUGUCCAGCCUGCUCUGGAGCAUCCCAGAACUGACCCGGAGGAACAGCCUGGCCCAGAACCCUUCCCAGCUUGCGACGAAGACCUGGCCAGCUGCCUUGAGGCCAGUGGUGUGCAGCAGCACCAACAGGAACUGGAGAUCCAGUCGGCUACUCCCAAUCCAUCGCCAGAGGUGCUCGACUUCCAAUGCAGGGAAACAGAGUCACCCAUCACACAUCACAACGGCCAGGAUCCAUUGGAGGACCUCAUUACAGCCACAGAACUGGAGUGGGAAUUGGGCUUGCCAGCCAAUAUGGACGAGACUGUGCAGGAUGUCCCAGCCUCGGCUCUUCCAUCACCUCGGCAACCAAAACAGCAUGAUGUGAUGGUGGAUAUUACUGUGCACCUUGUGCCCUUUCUGGAAGAAACUGUGAAAAGGGAACUAGAGAAUGACUUUACAAAUACACAGGUACAGCCGCUCUGUGGGCUGCCAACCAAGGUCCUGGAAAAUGACAAGAGCCCAGAAGACAUUGACUUACAGCAAAAAGCCGCUCAGGCUCCCGUUCCCCGUAAGCGCACUCUGCUGCCCUACUGCUCUCCUUUACAGCAGCGGGACGUGGCUCAUGCCUCCAGUGUCCAGCCUGCUCUGGAGCAUCCCAGGACUAACCCGGAGGAACAGCCUGGCCCAGAACCUUUCCCAGCUUGCGAGGAAGACCUGGCCAGCUGCCUUGAGGCCAGUGGUGUGCAGCAGCACCAACAAGAACUAGAGAUCCAGCUGGCUACUACCAGUCCCCCUCCAGACGUGCAGGACUUCCAAUGCAGGGAAACAGAGUCACCCAACACACAUCGCAACAACCAGCAUCCAUUGGGGGACCUCAUUACAGCCACAGAACUGGAGUGGGAACUGGGCCUGCCAGCCAAUGUGGACGAGACUCUGCAGGAUGUCCCAACCUUGGCUGUUCCAUCACCUCGGCAACCAGAACAGCAUGAUGUGAUGGCGGAUCCCGUCACACGGGACCUCUCCUUCCUUGCAGAUGCUGUGAAAAGGCAGCUGGAGCGUCACAUUAUGAAAAAACAGAUAGAAAAGCGCUAUGGGCUGCCAACCAAGGUCCUGCAAUAUGAGAAGGAGACCUCUGAAGACAGUGAGUUGAGGCAAAAAGCGGCUCAGCCUCCCCAUCUGCAGAGGCGCACUGGACUGCCCUACCAACCUCCCUUCUGGCAACUGGAUAAGAGAAAGCUCAACAGGAAUCCUGCAGGACAGCUGCCUCUCCUGCAAGUAGAGUCUCCAGAACCUGUGGAGACAGGCCUGCUAGUGAUGCAGGCUCCAUCACCUCCUCCAACACCUCAGAGGUCAGACCAGCGUAAUGCAACGGUGUUUCCUGUGGUGGAGGACCUGGACUUCCUGAAAGAGGCUGUUAAAAGGCGUCUGGAGCGUCACAUUGUAAAACUGCAGAUACAAAAGCGCUGUGGUUGGCCAACCAAGGUCCUGCAAAUGGAGAAGAGUUCUGAAGACAUAGCACAGUGGCAAAAAGCUGCUCAGCCUCUCCAUCUGCAGAGGCAAACUGUGCUUCCCUGCUGGCAGGCUCAUGUCCACUCUGGGCCAGAAAUGUUCCUGGGGGCGACACAAGAGAAGUCUCAGGAGCAUGGGAAGACACCACCAUGUACAAGGGAGCACAGUGGAACGUCCAGCAGCAUGGCCAGCAGGGAGACCGAUGGGAAGGAGAAGGACCCUGGGACACAAGGGGAUGUGCACAGUCAUUGCCCUUCCAACCAGGCACAGCAGGCACUGCCACAGAGCAAGGGAGAUACCCAGGAGCAAUCAGGCCAGGUGUCUGAGAGCUCCAGCAUCUCCGAUGGGGACGUGGGGACACCAGAGUUACUCCUGAUGAAGAGUUUCCCCAUGGGACAAGCAGACCCCUCCCUGGAAGAGCACAGCAGCUCCAACGAGGACGUGGGGACACCUGGGCUGCAAUCAGACUUGGAAACUUCUCCAAUCAGAAGUUCCCCGCAGACACAAUGCUCCUCCUCUGAGGAGAGACUCUCAGCUCUGCCACCAACUCCAGAAUUGGCAGGGACCAGCCUUCAGAUCCCCCAUCUGGAACUGCUCCUCACAACCAUCAUUGAUUACUGCAGGGCGAGAAAAGCUACUGAAGACGUGCAGAACCAGCUGCUGGCUUUCCGGCUGCCAGAGCCCCCAGGCAAUGUGGGGAGCCAAAUAGAUCCAGCAGCGGAGCUCCCCAGUGACUUGCAGAGCCGCGGCCACAGAGGAGCAGAGAAGGACAAAGGAAGCACCCAGGACACAGCUGGCUCCAGCAGUCUCUGCUCCAAGCCCAGCAAAGCCCCACGCAGCAGCCUGUCUGGCAAGGAAGGCUCCCACACAUGGGCUCCAUCUGAUGUUGCUGCUCUGCAAGCAGGAAGGGAAGGGACAGUAGAAGACAGCCUUCCACCCAAGGACAGGGCCAAGAGGCAGCAGGGACAGAAGAGGGCUGCUGCCGCCCAGCAACCACAGCGGGUGCAUGCAUGUAGGUACGCCACAGGGGAGGUGGCUGUGCUGGAGAAUGGGAGUCUUCUGCCGCGCUGUGCUCCCACCACAGUUGUGCUGCCAUGACAGCAGCCAGACACAGGAGUCCUGGGGCACAGACACCUCCUCUGCCAGGCAGCAGCUGCUGGGUGCUCAGCCUCAUCCUCGCUUGCUGCCAUGGUGCCUGCACCAAGCUCCCAGGGCCAGGCGAGGCCCAAUUUGCCAGCAGCAGAAAGGACAGGAGAGCUGAGGAGCCCCAAGCGAAGAGGACAACGGGGAUGGCAAGCAGAGCCUCAGUGGGGGCACCAGCCUCUUUGGGUGCCUGACCGUGCUCUUCCCCAGUCAGGUGUCCAGAGGCAGAGCGCCCAGCGGGGCACGGACCCAGAGAGCAGCACAUCUCUGCCAGGCCUUACGAGGCAGCUGAAUCUCUCUCAAUAAACUUGUUUCUCUUGAAGUGAACUCACAGGAGUCUCUUCUUUCCUGAUGUAUUUAGUUUAUGAAUUACCAUCCAUGCCAAGAGGAAGCAGAAAUGGACUGGGGCAGUAACUUCAAAACACAGUUCAGCCACAUCAUUACAAGGGCCAACCCUGUCUGCCUGAGGCUGUGCUGUCACCUGAAAGGCCCAAGCUGGGCACAGGCAAACUGCUACACUACAUUGAGCAGUGUACAGGUUAUUCUGCCUGGAGGUGGCAGGUAAGAGUCCCCUCAGGAGCUGGGCUGCCUGGCUGCUGUUGCAGCGUGGUGAAGCAGCUGGUCUGCUCUUGGUUCCAGAAGGAGCUUGUGGGCUCUACACAGUGUUGGACAGGGACCCUCUGUUAGUCCUACACCCCAAAAAACAACGUGGCAGUGACAGCAGCUGAAACUGCACAACAGCACAUCCAUCCCUGUCUGCAUCAUCCCUCCCUGGCUAACCCAGGUCACCAGUGUCUGAGCUGGUCCUGCUGUGAGCUCCUGGUUUGCAUCCUUUGUCCCAGGAGUUCGUUUCCAACAGAAGCAGUUGAUCCCACUAAGUUUAACACAGGCAGCGUCUCCUGGGUUCCCUGAGCUGCCAAACAGCCUCGCUGCUCUGUCCAGUCAGGAGACCCUGCAGACAUCGAUGGGAAGGAGAACGGCCCUGGGACACAAGGGGAUGUGCACAGUCAUUCCCCUUCCAACCAGGCACAUCAGGCACUGCCACAGAGCGAGGGAGAUACCCAGGAGCAAUCAGCGCAGGUGUCUGAGAGCCCCAGCAUCUCCGAUGGGGACAUGGGGACACCGGAGUUACUCUUCAUGAAGAGUUUCCCCAAGUCUAUGGAGGUGCUGAUGGUGCUGAGGGCAGAGUCUGUCACGCACGGCCGCUCCAGCGACAGAGCUUCAAUCUGUUCUCUGCAGGGGUGAGGCAUGGCUGUGCUGGGCAUUAAAAGCAGGAUUUGGCAGGGGGUGCAGGGGAGCCACCAUGAGGGGAGCCCAGGGCUGCCUGUGCUGCUCAGAGAUGGUUCCAGAAAGCUCCACAACAGACACACAGCUCAGCCAAUCAGGGGAGAUUGUGCCGGCUCUGAGCCAAUGAGAGGAGUCUGUGUGUACCCCAGAGGACAGCUGUGAGGCUGGGAGGGCAGUGGCAGCAGGAGCAGCAGUGGGGGCAGCAAUGGCGUCCGGCUGGCCCAGGCACCUGGGGCGAGAGGUGUCUGCAGUGAAGUGGUGGCUGUGCAUGGGGUGGGGGGCAUAUUCUCCCAGCUUUUGUCAUUUUUGUUUCCCAAUACCCAAACCAGUUUUCUGCAAGAAUAAUUUUGCAGCUCCGCCUUCACCCCCUGUUCGCUUGUGAGCGCUCCUUGCAUGGGCAAGAUGGGGAUUUGUGUGGGCAAUCUCAGUGGAGAGGACCAGCAUGGCAUUCCGCGUUCCUAAGGGGCUGUGGCUGUGGGUGGCCCGUGCUGGGUGAGAACACAGAGAAGAGCAGCAGAAAACAAUUUCCACAGUGAUGUGGGGCUUCCACCAUGCCUGGAAUGGGGCCUGGUAGCAAUGCUAAUUGCAGGGCAGUGGCCUGGGGUGUCAUGAAUAGAAUAGAAUAGAAUAGAAUAGAAUAGAAUAGAAUAGAAUAGAAUAGAAUAGAAUAGAAUAGAAUAGAAUAGAAUAGAAUAGAAUAAUUUCAGUUGGAAGAGAUUCUCAGGAUCAUCGAGUCCAACCAUAACCUAGCUCUAGCACUAAACCAUGUCCCUAAGAACCUCGUCUAAGCACCUUUUGAACACCUCCAGGGAUGGUGACUCCAGCACUUCCCUGGGCAGCCUGUUCCAAUGCCUGACAACCCUUUCUGGGAAGAAAUGUUUCCUAAUAUCCAAUCUAAACUUCCUCUGGUGCAACUUGAGGCCACUUCCUCUUGUCCUAUCACUUGCUACUUGAGGGAAGAGACCAACCCCCUCCAUGCUACAACCUCCUUUCAGGUAGUUGCAGAUAGUGAGAAGGUCUCCCCUCAGCCUCCUUUUCUCCAGGCUGAACAGCCCCAGUUCCCUCAGCUGCUCCUCAUCACACUUGUGCU